AGAAAACUUAUCGCCAGCCGCUCUGCGACCUUCCUCCGCCUGCUACGCCGGACGCCCACGCCUCCCCUGACCGCUCCGAAUCUCAGGCACGCAGCAGCUCGCCAUCCCAAUUCCCAAAUCGCCGACGCCCAAGCGGCUGCUCGUUCGUCCAGGAUUUUCCCCUUCCCGCUAUCUGAAAUUGCAAAAUCAUCGAGUUUCUACCGAACGCCCGGACCUCACCUGCACGCCCCCGGCUCCAGCCGCCCAAAUCUCACCUAACCCUCCACCCACCCACCUGCGCCAGCUCUAGAGAAGGAGGCGCCGGUGAGCGCACGAUCGAUCGAGUCCGUUAGGUGGGGAGCAGCCAUGGCGGGGGGCGGUGACAAGCUGAUACUGCGGGGGCUGCAGUUCCACGGGUUCCACGGCGUGAAGCAGGAGGAGAAGAAGCUCGGCCAGAAGUUCGUCAUUGACGUCGACGCCUGGAUGGACCUCGCCGCCGCCGGGGACUCCGACGACAUCUCCCACACCGUCAGCUACAGCGACAUCUACAGGAUAGCCAAGGGUGUAGUAGAAGGUCCGUCGCGUAACCUUUUGGAGUCGGUGGCUCAAUCGAUUGCCAACACCACGCUGCUCAAGUUCCCUCAGAUCUCUGCUGUUCGAGUGAAGGUCGGGAAACCUCAUGUCGCGGUGCAAGGCGUCGUGGACUACUUGGGAGUGGAGAUACUGAGGCACAGAAAUGCAUGAGCAGAACUUCAUCAUAUGAGAAAGCCUGACCAAAAUGCUCCCUCAGAAUCGCAGUUUCUGUGUCUUGUCUAUAAUUAUAAACGUGGUGUUGAUUGUGGUCUUACUCUCGGCUGUUGCUGAAAUUGCCGCAAUCAUGGAUUUUUUUUAUAGUGCUACUAGGUUUUGCGCAGACUGAAAUAAAGGUCAUCUUGCGAGUUGCGACGUGCAUA